CCCGCCAGCCGGGAGUUCGUGCGUUCCCAUAGGACCAUCCGGGCGUUCUGGGCGACAACGAAGCGACUAACGCCCGUCCACCAAGAGCCGUAAUCGGUCCACAGCUUCACCGAGAUCCACAGUCGACAAACGACGACCAAGCUGUCACAUCGUCAAACACUCCACACCAUCUGUUGCAACUGUGACGACAAACCUCGACUCAAGAAAAACAUUCGAUUCAGUGGACCGCGCCAUGUUGGUUAACAAACUUGGUAAUCUCGCGGUUGUUCAUAAAUUCAAGAUCCAUUCACAACCUGGUUUUCAGUUUUAAUCGACAGGUGACUUUACUGUACGUUUGGUCCUUGCAGUACAAUAUGUCGUGAAGUUGUCAGCUACUCAGCUAGUUCAUCAUCAGCUUUUAGCUUUUUAUCUAGUGGCCAUAUUUCCGACACUUGUCAUCCAAAAUGGACUUUGUUGAGAAAAAGAGAAAGAGAAAAAGAAACAGUGUGGUCUCCAAACGGUUUCAAUACAAAAUGAUAUGUUUGAUUUUCUUCCUGAUAAUAGUUAUGAUGAAGAUCGUGUCAUAUACUUGCCAAGAUUUAACAGGCAGUGUUAGCAACAAUGGCGUCUCCAAAACAGUCUUCUCGAUAUCCGUAAAUGAUUUAUGGCCGUGCGGCGGAAUGCCGAAUUGCUAUUACCAAAAGAAUUCGAUAAACUGCACGAAAAUGACUAAAUUGAGCAUAAUCCUAAACUUCAAUGAUGAGGGUGGAUUAAAACCGCCGCCAUUGAUCGCCGCUUUGAGUACAGCUAUGAAAAAAAACAGACGUGGAUUAUUGAAGGGCGCACACUUCGAGAUGGACCAAGACAAACCGCUGGAGUUGAUAGUGUGCGAUAAGCGCAUGAACAUGCUACAAUGGGUAAGAAGUUAUUUUUUCCCUACACUCUCGUCGAGUCAUUUUCAAGGUACAAUAAUGUUUAAUAUAAGAAUUCUUUUAGUCACAAGUAUCCAGGGACAAUUUAAAUUUAAGUAUUUUAAUAUAAUCUCGUGACCAGUGUGCAUUUCUACACGCGAGGACCAGUGUCGAUGACGAUUACAAUCAUAAUUAUACUAAUUGUCUUGAAUGAGAGUUAAAUACAUUAAGUUUAAUACAAUUAUGUUUUACAUACACGUAAUUAGUGAUUCAUUCAACACUGGCUACAUAUAAAACGCAUACUUAAUAAAUCACUAAUUUUACUUACCUGUACAGUGUGCUCGAUUUAGGUGAUCCAAUCGAUUUUCAAGCAUUUUACGCAUUUUAGCGUCGGACGAAUGUGUCUGGACGCGCGAUUUUCUCUUAAUAAUUAUUUGAAAUAUCGUCGACUUCUCGGAAAAAGGCUCCAAAAUAGUUGGACUUUCUCUUACGUUUAAACAGCGUGCGUCGAACUCGACUGCACAACCCACCACGGCGUACCGUUAUAUUUUAAUAUUAAAUUGCCGAGAACUAAAAUGUAGACUCGUCUUGAUUAUAAGCCCAUGCAAUCGAUUUAAAUUUAAAUAGUAUAAUAAUGUGUGCAACAACCGCACAAUACAAUGACAUAGAUUUUUCACCAGUUUGGCCAGUAUUGAAAAUAAUAAUAUCGCUUAUCGAACACGACGUAUGUCCAGCUUGUGCAUAAUAUUCACUAUUAAUCGUGGCAUGGUGUGACACACGGGCAACUCGUCAAGUCGAGUAGAUAGUCGUCUAAAUCGUCAAAAGUCGUCGUAUACACGAGCAUGCCAGUUUACACGCCUCUAUUACGAUUACCUACCUAAACUUUAAGUCGUAAAAUUCGCAAACGGUUGACUCCAACCACACAUUGGUGGAGAAUGGAGAUGCCUCGUUCGUCGGUGGUACGCAUAAUGUUAUUGGAUACCCGCCGAAUACGUGACCUUUUAACGAUAUAAUAUUAUUGUAUGCUUAUUAUACUAUAAUGAUUAUAAUGACGCGAUCCUGCGUUUGUAUGGAAAAUCGAUUAUCGUUAGAUUUCACGAAAUCGAGAAAAAUAAGAAAACAAUAAUUAAAAGCCAAAACACAGUAUCGCACACAUAAUAUAUGUUGUGCGGCGAUCGAAAUAUGUUUUCGUCGCACCAACAUUAUUAUAAUAAUAUUAUCGAUGGCGUUUCACCAGACAAAACUACAAACUGCCGCGUCGCAUGUACUUGAAUACAUUGACACCGUUGAGAAAUAUAAAUAAUUGUUGUAAUAUUGUUCACAUGUAAAUUAAUUUCUAUGUACUCACGUCAGAACGAUUCCGUUCGCUUUGUGUGGACGAUAAACUAUAAUGUUAUACCUCGCGAUGUUCUAUUUACGUCUAUUCAGUAGUACGACAAAGACCUAGUAUAAAAGAAAAAAAAUUAAAUCCAACGCCGAUUCAUAACUUUUAAGGCUUUUUUUUUUCAUCAGUCAAAACUCUAACGUCUUUCCGAUAUAUUUCUCCGGUGCAUGUAUCACGGUGCGACGUGAAAUGUUUGAUUUAUUUCUACUGAGCACGAUCAACCGAUCCGGACAGCCAGUCCGGUGGAUCAUCGUCGUCCGAUGGUAUAUUUGUGUUUAAUUUUUUAUAUUUGCCGCCUUUGCACCGCCUACACCGACUACCACGGCUACAGCAGGAAGACCGAAAACGCCACUGUUGAGGGAAAUAGACACGACAAAACGUGUCUGGCUGGUUAUAAGACCUUGGGCCGAAAAGUAUUAUGAUCAGGGUUCGGGAAACAUCUUUUUAAUUGUUUAAUAUGUGUAUUGUACCAGUCCUAAAAACCAUUAAAAUGGUUGAUACUUGGAUACAUUUUUUUUUAGCCAAAUUAUUUUAUUUUUAAUAUUGAUAAGAAAAUUAAAAUCAUAAACACGAGACGUUACAACUUACUGUGUAGUAGACAUGAAAUAAGAAAUACAUUACAUUUGUCAUUUGAAAAAGUAAAAAUUAAAUUAUUGAAUAUAAAUAAUGUGUCGUACGAAUUUUGCGACUAGUUAUUAUAAGUAAUAAGCACCUUAAGAAAAAAGUGUGAAUUUGUUAUUAUUUUAACUCCAUCUAAUUUUUUUUUUUAAGUCUUAAAUUUUAAUUAAAAUGCAAAACAAAUAAAAAACCAAGGUUGGGCAAUUCAACUCGUUAAGUUAUUAAAUAAAAAUAUAAGUUAGGUUUAAAAUUUUAAGUUGCUUUUAUUUUUUUGAAGCUUGUAAAAGUUACAAGUUAACAAGAAAAUAUGAGUAACAUGAUACAGUUAAAAAUCAGUUAAGUACUUUUUUUUUUAUAUAAAAUUAAAAACUAUACCUUUUUUAAAGCUAACAAAUACCACAGUAAUUUGAUAGAGGUCACACGGUUUUAAAUAAAUGUAUGUAUGAAAAAUAAUUGCUGAAGUACUUUUAUACUUAUGUGUAGUGUGUACUUAUAUACUCUAAUCAAUGACUAAAUCCAACAAAGUAAUUAUUUUUUCUGAAUUUUUUAACUUAUU